AUGGAUGGAUGAAAUCUCGAGUCAAACAAAGGCUGGAUACUUAAUUGUGUUUUAUCAGUACAAACAGCAUUUUCUAUUGCUGUCGUAUUUACCUGCAUCUUUAGUUGUUUUUGUUAAAAUACACAAAUUUCUUUGUCAAUCGUAUUGGCAAAUGAAAUGGGGGAAGAGCGACAUAACAUGUACAUUUAUUUUUGAAAUAUUUUGAUAAUCAUUUUGCGCAACUUCCGAGCUAGAAACGCGGUCCGUGAAGACUUUAUUGUGAAGGCCAGAGAAACCGGAAGUACCAGAGCAAACUUGAAAGUAAGUGCAUAAACUUGUUAACUCAGUGAAAUUCCUCAGCUGUGGUUUCGUGGCUUUGUCCGUGCGUUUGAACCGACUGCGAGUGUGUUUAUUACCAGAUAAAGAUUCAGGUAACACACCCAAAUAAGUCGGACGCCUGGUAGUCUCUUUCUAGAAAUGUGUGAUAGUGUUUGAUAACUAAAGUUGUUGAUAAGAGGAUACAGGGAGACCGUGAAACUCGAUGAAAGGAGUAGGGAGAAGAGGAGCGAUCUCAGCAAUGUGGCAACACUCAUCUUCUCUUUUCUUGUCUUUGUGUCGCACAUAAAAUGAUGGAGGGAGAGAAGGAGAGAGAGAGACAGCAGAGAGAGGAGAAGGAGAGUAAUGAGGCCGAAGACGACCAGAGGAGCUACGAGGACACAGACAGCAAAGAUGAAGACGAAGAUUCGGAGGGCGCUGCGCUGGUCUGGCAGCAGGGAUGCGGCGAGGACGACCUGGGGCUGCCUAUCAUGCACUGGGAGGCACUGAGUCUGCGCAUUGCAGAGCUGGAGAAGCAAGAGGAAGAGAAAAGGGAAAAGAGAGCCAGAAGUGGACUCUCCCUGGAGCGAGGCCGGGCUCCAGUGAGCCGAGCAGAAGAGAGAGGCAGACGAUCAGAGAGCUGGGAGGAUGGAGAUGAUGCCUGUAACAGCCAUGUGCUGGCGCUCACCUCCCGCCUGCAGACACAGAUGAAUCUGCAACUCUGCUUCAUCAACAACAGUGAAAGUGAGGAGGAAGAGGAGAAAGAGAAGGAAGACCUUGGCAAGAAGGAAAGCUCAAACUCACGGACGGGGGCAGUUCAAGUCCAGAAGCAUCCGGUGACUGUGUCAAAGCCGGAGAAGCCAAAAUCACGAGGCUUUAGGAACGCUCUGAGGAGCCUGAGAGAUCGACUGAGAACGGACCACAAUACACUGGCCGCAGUACGCAGCAAUGCUGUAAUCCACAGGAGACACUUGGAGCGCACAGAUUUACAGAGCUUCAGUAUCAAAGAACUCACUGAUCUGUGUUCAUCUCACAAUCAGAUCAUUCAAGACCUAAGUUCCGAGCUGGUGGGUAGCCUCCAAGUGCGAGACCAGUUGAGGAUAGAACAGGAUGCCAUGCUGCUGGAGGUCCAGGACCUGACAUCGCUGUGAUUCACGGUCAUGUAUUCAUCAGUCUAACAAAGGCGACUGAAUCAUUGCUCAAAACAUUUCAAAACAAGAGUUCUGCCCCAAGUAUCCUUUAAAAAAAACAAAAAACUUUUUGACCAAAACUCAGUCACUGUGAAGACAUUCGGUGGAACUUUUUGCGGAACCAACAUUUACACAAAAUUUUUUUAAGGUUACAGACUGUUUUCUGUUUUAAAGGGAAAAUGGCCACAUGCUGAGAGAAGUUGAACGUACGUUUAACUGGAAAAUGGCCACAAGAUGGCGGAAUGGAGCACGAGAACAAUGUCACGUCUUUAGGUUUGGUGUGCAGUAACACAUUUGCACAUUUUUCCACGUGCAUUCGUCCUCGUCUCCAUCUUGUUUCUGUACUUUUUCACCCUCCUGUCUGUGCGCGUGUGUGCAUGUCUGGGGAAGUGUUGUAUAAACGGACAUUUCAUCUAAAUACGCACGAACGUUUCAGGGUCAUUUGGGAUUUUGGGAUAAGACGGCGUAAUUCCAAGAGUGUACAGUGAUCCCUCUCUUAUCGCGGUAGUUGCGUUCCAACGAAAUUGGGAAAAAUCGCGAAGUAGAGAUGAGAUAGUUAUUAUAUAUUAUAUUACAUAUUAACGUAUAUAGUUACCCUUUACGAACCUCCCCCACACUGUCAUCAACAGUCGAACAAAAACAACAGUGCCCUCCUGUGUCCAACUUAGGUCAUUACCCUACGGUAAUUAAAUGCUCACCAUAUAUACAGUUGAAAGUAUGAAAGUUUACAUACACGGUAUAAAAGGACACACAAUCCUUUUUUUUCCUCACUGUCUGACAUUAAAUCAGAUUAAACUUAAUUUUACCAAAAUUAUUUCUCUUUGCUAAAUGCCAGAUUAAUGAGAGAGAGAAUUUUAGACAAUGUUUUUUAUUAUUGUCUUAAAAGUCCAAAGUUUAAAUACAUUUUAUUAGUAUUUGGUAGAAUUGCCUUUAAACUGGAUGACUUGGGUCAAACGUUUUGGAUAUACAAGCUUUUCACAAUACUUGGCAGGAAGUUUGGCCCAUACCUCCUGACAGAACUGGUAUAACUGUUCCAUGUUUGUAGGCUGCCGUGCAUGCAGGUCAUUUCAGCCCUGCCCAUAAAUGGUCAAUAGGAUUGAGAUCCGGGCUUUGUGAUGGCCACUCCAAAACAUUGACUUUGUUGUCCUUAAGCCAUUUUCUAAACAGCUUUGGGUCAUUGUCCAUUUGCGGCCAAGCCUUAACUUCCUGGCAGAUAUUUUCAGACGUUGGUUCAAUAUCUCCACAUACUGUUCCUUCUUCAUGAUGUCAUCGAUUUUGUGAAGUGCACCAGUUCCUCGACGCAGCAAAACAACCCCCCAACAUGAUGCUGCCACCACCAUGUUUCACAGUUAGGCUUCCCCCCUUUUCCUCCAAACGUAACGAUGGUCAUUAUGGCCAAACAGUUUGAUUUUAGUUUCAUCUGACCACAGGACAUGUCUCCAAAAAUUAAGGUAUUUUUCCCUGUGUGCAUUUGCAGAGUGUAAUCUGGCUUUUUUGUGUUUCAUUUGGAGUAAUAGCUUCCUCCUGGGAGCAUGGCCUUUCAGCCCACGUCAGUACAGUGUUCGUUUCACUGUGGAUAAUGACACACCUCUUCACAAGGUCUUUUGUCUUUGCUCUUGGGUUGAUACGCACAGUACUGACCUAAUCCCGUUCAUCUCUGGAACACAGAACCCAUCUUCUUCCUGAGUGGUAUGAUGGCUGGACAUGUUGUUUAUACUUGCGUAGAAUUGUUUGAACUGAACACAGGCAUCUUGAACACACCCAAGGAUGAAGCAGACUUGUGCAAGUCCACAACUCUCCGUCUGAGAUCGUGGCCGAUUUCUUUAGACUUUUCCCAUGCUGUUAAACAAAGAAGCAUUGUGUUCUGUGACACAGGUGUGUCUCCAAUUGAUUCAAAUGUUGUCAAUAAACCAGAAAUCAGAAGCUUCCAAAGACAUGACAUCAUCAUCUGGGCAUUCCUUUUAAACAUUGUUUAAAGGCACAGUAACCCUAGUGUAUGUAAACUUCUGAUUUUAAAAAAGUAAUUAAAAAAUGGUCUAAAAAAAAAAAACCUCCUUCUCUAGUUACUCUGGCAUUUAGCAAAUAGAAAUCAUUUUGAUAAUCCAGAGUGUGUGUAUGUGUUGCAAAAUGUCUUUUCGUUUUUAUGCUAUAAAAUUAUAUUUCACAGUAUUGGAAAUUUAAAAAUUUGUGUUUGCUGUAACAUAUCGCGAUGUUUAAAAAACAUCAGCGAUGUGCUGAGGGAGCAAGAGAACCGUGAUAUAGAGAGGGAACACAGUAUAUAUAUUCCACAGGGCCUAAACUACAUGAAUUCAUGAACGUGUGCAUAGAGCUGCCUGUGUGUGUUUCAAAAUAAAUCUAAAACUUUGACCUUUGACCAUUCCCCAUAGACAUGCAGUGUGAACUGUCUGGUCAAACUUUAAAAGCUGAUUUAAUCAACAUCAUUUUUUAGGGUCCAGACUUUACAUUGUUUGUUAAUUUAAUGUUCUGUAAAAAAAAAAAAAAAAAAAAAAGCUGCUAGGGGAUUAACCAUUCGUCCGUUUUGUACUAGCAUGGUCUUUUAAACUGUUUUUAUUUUUUUAAUCAAAUGUUAUAAACAUGUAUGCUUGUCUUUCUCUGAGGUGGCAUGAAUAAAAGUGUAAAUGUA